ACCCCUAUAUCCCCCUGAAUAUACUUAAGAUGGCGCCGGGGGCAGGAAUAGACUGAAGGUUGCAGCUGUGGAGGGAGGAGAGAGGCGCUGGGGAGGAAGGCUUGGUUGCUAGGUUACCACCCCACCCCCCCCAAGCCUUGCUGCCCAGGGGCACCCAGAGGAAGGAAAGCCCCCCAUGGCCUGAGUCCCCUCACCUAUUGGAAAAGGUGCUGUGCGCAAGUGGAGCCCCCUGCCAGCUCAUGGGGAGUGGGCAGCCCCCCUGGCCAGAGCCAUGGACCUCCGCUUGGCCGUCUACAACGCCGCCCGCGAAGGCAAGCUGAAGCUGCUGCAGAAGCUGCUGGGAACCCGGAGCCGAGAGGAGCUGGAGGAGCUGACGGCCGGCCCCGGCGGCGGAGAAGGGUCCGGGGGCACGCCGCUGCUGAUCGCCUCGCGCCACGGCCACCGCGAGGUGGUGGAGUACCUCCUGGACCACUGCGGCGCCCGGGUGGAGGCGGGCGGCUCGGUCAGCUUUGACGGCGAGACCAUCGAGGGAGCCCCUCCGCUUUGGGCCGCGUCGGCCGCCGGCCACCUGGACGUGGCUCGCAGCCUGCUGGAGCGGGGGGCCAACGUCAACCAGACCACGCUCACCAACUCGACGCCCCUGCGGGCGGCCUGCUUCGAUGGGCACCUGGAGAUCGUGCGCUACCUGGUGGGCGAGAGGGGGGCCGACAUGGAGGUGGCCAACCGCCACGGCCACACCUGCCUGAUGAUCUCGUGCUACAAGGGCCACACGGAGAUCGCCCGCUACCUCCUGCAGAGGGGGGCGGACGUCAACCGCCGCAGCGUCAAGGGGAACACGGCCCUGCAUGACUGCGCCGAGUCCGGGAGCCUGGAGAUCCUGCGCCUGCUGCUGGCCUCCGGGGCGAGGAUGGAGAAGGAUGGGUACGGCAUGACCCCGCUGCUGGCCGCCAGCGUGACUGGCCACACCAACAUCGUCGAAUACUUUAUAGAGGGAGCGUUGGAGGAGGAGGCGGCGGCCGUAGGGGAGCAUGACGGCAGCCAGGCAAAAGACGGUGAUGGGUGUUCUGCUGCCGGCGACGGCCGUCCCCAAGUUUACUGCACCCGGGAAGCAGCUGUGGAAGCACUGGAGCUCCUGGGAGCCACCUUUGUGGACAAGAAGCGCGACCUGCUGGGGGCCUACAAGCACUGGCGGAGGGCGAUGGGCCUUCGCCACCAGGGCGGGCAGUACCUGGCCAAACCGGAGCCUCGCCAGUUGGUGCUGGCCUAUGACUACUCGCGGGAGGUGAGCACGGCAGAGGAGCUGGAGACCUUGGUGAUCGACCCGGACGAAAUGCGGAUGCAGGCCCUUUUGAUCCGUGAGCGCGUCCUCGGCCCCUCGCACCCAGACACCUCCUACUACAUCCGCUACCGGGGGGCCGUGUACGCCGACUCGGGGAACUUCGAGCGCUGCAUCAACUUGUGGAAGUAUGCGCUGGAGAUGCAACAGGGCAACCUGGAGCCGCUGAGCCCCAUGACGGCCAGCAGCUUCCUCUCCUUCGCUGAGCUGUUCUCCUACGUGCUGCAGGACCGCUCAAAGGGCACCUUGGCCACGCAGCUGGGCUUCCCCGACCUCAUGGGCGUGCUGAGCAAAGGGGUGCGUGAGGUGGAGCGGGCGCUCCUGCACCGCAAGGACCCCGUGGCGGACUGCGCCCAGUUCACCAAAGCCCUGGUCAUCAUCCUGCACCUGGUCUUCCUUCUGGAGAAGGUGGAGUGCACCCCCGAACAGGAGCACCAGAAGCGGCAGACCAUCUACCGCCUCCUGAAGUGCAACCCGCGGGGCAAGAACGGCUUCACGCCGCUGCACAUGGCGGUGGACAAGGACACCACCUCCGUCGGCCGCUACCCGGUGGGGAAGUUCCCCUCCCUCCACGUGGUCAACCUCCUCCUGGAGUGCGGGGCCGACCCUGACGGCCGCGACUACGACAACAAUACCCCUCUGCACGUGGCCGCGCGCAACAACUGCCCGCUCAUCAUGAGCGCCCUCAUAGAGGCCGGGGCGCACAUGGACGCCACCAACGCCUUCAAGCAGACGGCCUACGAGCUGCUGGACGAGAAGCUGCUCACCAAAGCCAUGAUGCAACCCUUCAACUACAUCACGUUGCAGUGCCUUGCCGCCCGCGCCCUCGACAAGCACAAGAUCCCCUACAAAGGAUUCAUCCCCGAAGAGCUGGAGGCCUUCAUCGAGCUCCACUGAAGAGGGGGCGGGCGGCAUGGCGAGCCCCCUCCCGCAGGGGCUGGGGCUGGGAUUCGGCCCGCCUCCGCUCGGGUUUGGAUUUUAAAAUGCUUCCAUUUGCACACUGGGCCGGGUCGACCUGCCCUCUCUCUCUCUCCGGGGGGAACCUGUGGAAAUUGAGAGCUGCUCUCGCUGGGCCACCUUGGUGGGGCUGCCCUGGGCACCCCAGGUGGCUGGAUGUAGCCCCCACUCUGUGACCUAGUGUGGCUCUAGGGGAGUUGGGGGCAGAAUAAGGGUGGACAAAACCAGCUGCUCGUCGCCCUGCCCCCUGAAAAGAAAGGGAGCCCACCAGGAUCCCCUGAGUGACGGCCACUUCCCAGCUCACACAGAUGGCAGGGUUCAAGCAGCACGGUCAGGUCAGAAUUGCUGCUGCCCUCCAUUGCCAACUAAUUUUUUUUUCCUCUUCAAAGCACACACACACACACACACACACACACACACACACGCAAAUCCUAUUUUUGACCUCUUGCUUUCUAAAGCCCAGCCUGCCUUAGAAGCUUUAAGAGCGGCUAGGUUUGCAUGCCCUUCCUCCUCUCCCUCCCUUGAAAGCAAGCGAGGGGUUUUAGGCGAGCCUGCAGUCAAGUCUUAAAAAAAAACAAAACCUGCUCUACCCUUUUUUCAGUGACAGCCUGUGCCGGAGGGGGGUGUGUGAAAGUUUCAGCCAAACACUGCGGGUAAUGUUGAAAGUUAGCUUUGUUACGCUUCGCGCAGCUGACCCAACCCGGUAUGGUGAGGUUUGGUUGUGUUCUGCGUUUGAUUUUACUUCAUUUUCCAGUGUCCCAUAUUGCAUUGCUGAGAUUUUGCUGGCUGUAUUGAGAGGCUGGUUGUGGUGUUGUGCUGUGUUUUGCUGUUUUUUCCUCAUUUUUUUUUUUUUAAAGAUCAAGCUGGUGCUAUCACUGGUUCAGGCAGUUGAGGGGGGGUGGAAAAACCCCAAACUCUGAAGUCGCUUUUAGGAUCAACCAGCGGCCCCCCGCCUUCCUCCCCACAGAAAGACCAGAGGCAGAAAAACCAUUAUCAGGCUUCUUUUUCGAGUGUGUUAAAGAUGAUCCUUUGCGUUAAGACAGCCCCAUUCUUUUCAGAGCGCAGAUAGGGGUUGUUGUGUUUUGCUUUUUAAGAGGGGAACGUCUUCCAGAAUGUUGGGUGGCUAGGGUCUGCUUCUUCUAAUAGGUCCUGUGCCUACAGACCCUUCUUCCUUUGCACAGCUGCAGAAAGGGGUCAGAAGUGCUCCUUUAAAGGUCUUUUGGUGGCAUCAGGGCAGGGGGAGAGACAGUGGCCCUUGCUUCCAAAUUAAAUGCAGCGCACAGGCCCAGAGACCUAGUUGGCAGGUUUUGUCCCGGCCGACGGCCCCUUUCUCCACCGGCUGGUUUUGCCGCGUCUUGGGCAGGUCUUAAAAGCGGGGGGUUUGUCAAGCAGCCUCAGUGGAUUUCUGCGCUUGCACCACCUCUCCCAGUUGCAUUGAGAGAGGUGUCUAAUAAGGUGUCUGGAAGGACAGUCAGUAAAGCAUGAGACUCUUAAUCUCAGGGUUGUGGGUUCAAGCCCCACAUUGGGACAAAGGACCCCUGCAUCGCAUGGGGUUGGGCUAGAUGAUCUUGGUGGUCUCUUUCCAACUCUACAAUUCUGCCAUUCUAAACGGCUGUACGCUUCAUUCACAGUUGCUCCCUCUCUGAAAGACGGGAUCUGUAAUCAGCAGACUUUUGAGGUCGUGUUAAUUGAACUGUUCUUCAGUCCGGGAAUCAAGAGAGUUGUAGAGUCAGAAGGGACCCCGAGAGUCUAGUCCCGACUCCCUGCAAUGCAGGAAUCUCAACUGACAGGUGGCCAUCAAACCUUUGUUCAAAAACCUCCAAGGAAGGGAGAGUCCACCACCUGUGGGGUUCUUCCUGGCGUCCAGUCGGAAUCUCCUUCCUUGCAAUUUGAAUCCGUUGGUUCAGGUCAUACGCUCCGGAGCCGGAGAAAAGAAACUUGCUCCGUCCUCCGUGAAGGCUGAUCCCUGAAAAUGGAUUCUCAAACCCUGUUAUCCCAGACAUGCUGGCCCAGGGCUUGGUGGGAGUCAGGAGUCUCAGGUCUUUGAAGAAGGAAGCAGGGGUCAGGGCUUUAUUUGGAAUUCAAAGGGUACCCAAAGCACGCUGAGUUUGAGAGUCUGGGGAAAGGGCAUGUUGAGCUGCAUCCCAUUUGGUUGCAUCGCAUCAACCCAACAGCAAGGCGGAUCAUGCGGCUGAAAGGUGUACUUGUUGCAGGAGGGAGCAUAGCUGUUCACAGUUGCCAGCGCUGUUUGCAGAGACGUUUGGAGCAGUGGUACUGGAGCGCAGUUCUCGGCUGCCAUCUUUUGUCAGCCAGCCAGCCACAAGAAAGCGCCGUUGACCCACUGACCAUCUCACCCAGCCCUGACAGGGACAGAGCUUGCGCAGAAUGCAGAUUGGGAGGGGGGCAUUGGAAGGUGCUGGCCGCUUGUUAGUCCAGAGGUGUUUCCCCCCCAAUAGCCCUUCAGAGGGUCAACAUCUGGAAUGGUUCAAGAGUUCAUCUGACGCGGCUUUCGGAGGGCGGAUUCAGACAACAAUUUCAUCCUCCUCCCUCCCCCUGCCCUGACUUUACAGGGUUGGGAAUUCAGUGAACUGGCAAGGUGGCUCCUGAUCCAUAGCUCAGUCAGUAGAGCAUGAGGCCUUUAAUCUCAGGGUCGUGGGUUCACGUCCCACCUCGGGCAGAAGAUUCCCACAUGGCAGGGGGUGGGAUUAGGGCAGGGGUCGGCAAACUUACCGCGCCUCGGGCCGGUGUCUCCAGCGCCGAUCGCACAGAGGGCAUGGGAGCGCGUGCCCAUACGCACACGCUAUUUCUGGCGCACUUCCGGGUUGGAGGAGCACCGGAAAUAGCUUGUGCGCAUAUGCACGGGCCUCCUCUAACCCGGAUGUGCACUGGAAAAACACUUGUGCAUGCACAAAUAACGUGCAUGCGCAAAUAACGCUUGCGCAUGUGCACAAGCUACUUCCGGUGCUCCUCCGACCCGGAAGUGGGCAGCCGUGCAGCGCCGGUAAGAGCAGGUGGCGGGGUCGCCACAGGCCGGAUAAACGAGUCCCUCGGGCCUUAUCCAGCCCGCGGGCCUUAGUUUGGGGACCCCUGGAUUAGGGCGACCCUCAUGGUCGCUUCCAACUCUACAGUUCCACAUGGUUUGUCCCAGAGGACGCAAUACACAUGGGUCCCUCUCCCAAGCCAAUGUCUGCUGGAAAAUUGAGGCAUUUCAGACGCUGGUCCACAGGCUCCUUCAUGGCCUGACCGGGCCACUGCUGCCCCCAGUUCCACUAGAUCUGCAAGGUGCCAUUUCCCAACAAAUCAGUGUAUGCCACUGUAGCAUGAGGGCUUUGUCUGAAUCCAUCUCCUUACAUUUUUGUUUGGGAUUUUUUUGGAGGGGGUUGUAUGCCAAAGUUGAUUGAGUGUUGUGUGUUGACCAUCAAAGUUGUGGGCUCCAAGUUUGGUUUCAAAAGGCUCUCUUCGGUGUGGGCAGGAGAGCAAGGGUAGAAAACAGCCGCUGAGGUUGGGUGGGUGGGGGGGUAGAGGAAGGGGUGAUUCCCCCCCCCCCGCCAGCUGCCCACCCCUCAAGGCUCUCUCGCUCUUCACAACACUCCUCGGGACCGCUGACCACGUGCUCCCUGCUUGAGACUGGAUGGCUCAGCUGAACCAUAGCAACCUCAGAAAGGUUUUCCUCAGAGGAGGAAUCACUUCGACUGUCCUUCCCCCCUCCCCGCCUCCCGCUUUGUUAAAAAAGCAAACGACAGUUUCGAGGGGUAAAGAAAGGUGGUUUCAGGGUACUGCUGCUGCUGCUGUUGUUUUCUUGCUGCAAAGAAAAGUGUUCAUUUAGCAACGCAUUGAACAGAAUACUCAAGAAGCGGAGUGUGUUAAACUCGUCAGCCGGUGGCAACUCCUAAGUUGGAAUGAAUGAAAUGACACUUUAAAAAAAUAAAAAGGAAAAGAAGGAAACGAAAAUCCUGCUGCU